AUGGCUGCCAACGGGUUGGCCGCUGACGGCUCCUCGGCGGCCACCGACGCCGACGCUUCCGCCGCCAACAACAACCACGACACCAACAGCACCCCCGACGCAUCCCGCCAGCACAGCACCCUGCCGCCGCACUACAACUCCUUCCCGCGCUACCACCACACCAUUCACCAACCCGGCCCUCCGCCCCAUGCCAGCAGCAGCAGUAACAGCAGCAGCGGCAAGCAGAUCCCGGCGGCGACAGCUCGGGUCCUCGGCCCGGACCUGCUGCGCGGGCUGCUCAUGGCCUUCAUGGCCAUGGACCAUCUCGGCAUCGCGCUCCGUCCCUGGCCGCACGGCCUCGGCAACGGUCCGGAGCGGGACGGCGAGCCCGUCACGCGCUGGAACCGCCCCGCGGCGUACAUUGUGCGGUCGCUGACGCACCUCUGCGCGCCGGGCUUUGCGCUGCUGCUCGGCAUGGGCGUCGCGUAUCUGGGGCGCGCCCGCCGUCACGGCAAAGGCUGGAGCGCACGCCGGCUUCUGCGGUACUUUGCGCUGCGCAUGGCGGUGCUGACGCUCGUCAUGAUUGCGCAGAGCCUAGCCAUGACGGCCGGCCAGGUCUGGUUUCUCAACAUUGUGCUGUUUGCGCUGGCCGUCGACUACUUUCUCGCCGGCGCCGUCUGGCUCGCGCUCGACGAGACGGAGCGCAGGCUGACGGAUCUCCUGACGAGGAAAAUGCUGCUGCGGCGGCAACAACACGAAGAGCAGGACGCGGCGGCGGCGGUAGCGGCGGAUAACGAGGCUGACGCCGAGCAGCAGCCGCUGCUGCUGUUAGCCGCACGGCAGCAGGGGGGCCCGCAGGUGAGCACCGCAGAGACCAAGGCGGCGCGGAUAUCCUGGCACGUGCAUAAUACGCUUCUCCUGUUGCUCAGCGUCGUGACCAUUUUCUGGAACAUUUGGCUGUCUAGAGAUCAAGGCCAGUGCGCCGUCCCCGGGGCUUCAGACACGGCCCACGUCGUCGUCGUCGGCGCCCCCGGGGGCUGGCCCGAGUCCGAGCCCGACAGGUACUGGUGGCUGCAUCUCUGGUUCUGGGAGACGAGCGCGCCGGGCGUCCUGUCGGCCUUUCCGCCGCUCGCGUGGCUCUCCUUUGCCCUCGUCGGCGUCCUCUACGGCCGCGCCAUGACGAUCCGCGACAACAACCACCCGCAACGCUCGACGCCCCGCCGCCUGCUCGGCCAUUUGCUCGCCGGCCUCGUCUUUGCCGUCAUCUUUGUGCUCACCCGUCUUUUGCACAUUGGUAAUCUCUCGGAGCACUGCCUGCAGACGCCCGAGAACCGGGCGCACCCGUCGCGGAACCAGUACCUCGCGUCGCCCGCCGCCUUCUUCUACACGGUCAAGUACCCGCCCGACGUGGCCUUUUGGGCGCUCACGCUCGCCGCCAAUUUCUUCCUUCUCGCGGGCCUGGGCCGCAUCCCGGCCGCCUUUGCCAAGCGGUGGCUCGUCGUCUUGCUCGACUUUGGCACCGCGUCGCUCUUCUUUUACGUGGUCCACAUGCCCGUCGUGUUUCUCACGGGAUGGGCCAUGUGCGCCGUCUUUGGCCACGAGACGGACCAGGAGGAGGGACCGCCGGGGGUUUUCGUCUCGGUCAAGUCGAUUGAUAACGUGUUUGGGGUUUUCGCCGUGUGGACGCUCUGUAUGCUCAUUAUGUGGCCGCUAUGUCGGUGGUAUGGGCGGUUCAAGUUUGGGAAGCCAGCGAAUUCAUUGUGGCGCAUGUUCUAA